AUCUAAGCUCAGAACUGCAGAGAACUGUGAACCAGUGGCCAACAUGAGUCAUGAGUCAGUGGCCAACAUGAUGACCAAUAUCCUAGGACUGCUGUGCGUUAUCUAAUGAGCAGCAGCCUGCUGGAGUAUACAGUAGCUCAUUCUGCAUCUGGACUACAAACCCACAGCCUGGCAGAGUGCACAAAAUAGUGAGCAGUCUGCUGGAGCACUUGUUACUGUUUCAAUUAACUGCAGAUUUGGGGAAAAUACUUGAUUGUUAGUUCACUAUCAGGACUGUCACUUCUCCAUCACUUGGAAUAAGCGAGUGUGAGGAUUUCUCUGGACUUCCCUGCUUCACUUACUGCAUUGUGCACUGAGAAGAGAAUAACACUAACUGGGUAGCCCACAGCUGGGCACACAACAAACUCACACCACAUCGACAAACAUGUUGGUAACAGGAGAGAUCAGAAAGAAUGGAGAGAAGUCCCAGGGAUGUCAUAGGGACAAGCUUGGAGGUGGCUGGGUUAGGACUUUGCCUAAUGUCUUGGCAUGUGUGUUCUCCCUGUUGUCCAUGGCAUCAUUUCUUUAUCUGAAUAUGAAGACCAAUGAUCUGCAGGGAAGGGUUUGGGCACUGCAGCAUGGCAAGUCUGGGGACAUUGCUUUCCAUAUGCCAGGAUUAUCUAUGGAUCAGCUCAACUCCAUCGUCCAGGAGAAAGUGGAUCGGCUCCUGUCCCAGAGGUCCUAUGAACACAUGGCAAAGCUCCGAAUCUCAAGGGAAGCACCAGCAGACUGCAACUGCCCAGCAGGCCCACCUGGACAGCAAGGAAAAAGGGGGAGAAGAGGUGAACCUGGACCUCCUGGUCCACCUGGUCCAAAGGGAGACAAGGGUGAUCAAGGUGAUCAGGGACCUCGGAUGGUGUUUCCUAAGAUCAAUCAUGGCUUUCUCUCUGCUGAUCAGCAGUUAAUAAAACGCCGCCUCAUUAAGGGUGAUCAAGGACAAGCAGGAUCUCCAGGUCCACCAGGUCCACCGGGUCCACCAGGCCCUAGGGGUCCUCCAGGAGAUACUGGCAAAGAUGGCCCAAGGGGAUUGUCUGGAGUCCCGGGGGAGACAGGGCAACCAGGUGAACAAGGUUUAAUGGGUCCAAUGGGGCCUCCUGGACAAAAGGGGUCUAUUGGUGCAAAUGGAAUUCCUGGAGUAGAUGGUGAAAAGGGAGAGCAAGGAGUUAUUGGAGCACCUGGUAUUGAUGGAAAACCUGGAAUGAAGGGAGAUCCAGGUGAACAAGGAGAUACGGGUGAUCCCGGAGAAAGCGGCCCUACAGGGGAAACGGGAGCUAAGGGGGAUCCUGGAUCUUCUGCUGCGGGAAUAAAGGGUGAGCCUGGAGAACCUGGACGUUCUGGGCAGAAGGGUGAACCAGGGCUUCCUGGGCUUCCUGGACUUCCGGGGAUUAAGGGAGAGCCAGGAUUUCUAGGGCCUCAAGGAGAACCUGGGUUACCAGGCUUGCCAGGAACUAAGGGGGAACGGGGAGAAAUUGGCCCACCUGGAAGAGGAGAGAGAGGCAGUUCUGGAUUACCUGGACCAAAGGGAGAACCAGGUGAAUCAGGAUCUAGAGGCCCAAAGGGGUCAAAGGGUGAUACUGGAAGCCAAGGAGAUUUUGGCCUGAUUGGUCCAAGGGGGCCUCCAGGUCAAAAAGGAGAUCAAGGGGCUACUGAGAUCAUAGAUUACAAUGGGAAUAUUCAGGAAGCCUUGCAGAGGAUUACUGCAAUUACUGUUACGGGACCGCCCGGACCACCUGGGCCACCUGGUUUGCCAGGACCAAAGGGUGAUGGAGGUUCUGUUGGUCCUCCAGGAGUUGAUGGGGAGGAGGGACCUAAAGGAUCAAAGGGUGACCAUGGUGAUCCUGGAACAUCAGGAGAGAAGGGAGGAAUUGGACUCCCUGGUUUGCCGGGUGCAAAUGGAAUGAAAGGAGAGAAAGGAGAUCAUGGUUCCCCUGGGCCUCAUGGAGCUUCUAUCAUUGGCCCCCCUGGAUCUCCAGGACCACAUGGCCCCCCUGGACCUAUGGGACCACAUGGACUAACAGGACCAAAGGGUGAACCAGGGCUAAAUGGUCUUAAAGGAUUGAGGGGUGAGCCAGGUCAAAAGGGUGAAAGAGGACCACUGGGUCUUCCAGGAGCAUCUGGCUUAGACGGAAAGCCAGGACCCAGGGGGAACGAUGGCCCCAUUGGUCCUUCUGGUCCAGCAGGUCCAAAAGGAGACAGAGGAGAAAAAGGAGUUGUUGGGGAUCCAGGACCACGAGGACCUUAUGGUUUACCUGGCAAAGACGGAGAGCCUGGUCUAGACGGUUUUCCGGGUCCUCGUGGAGAAAAAGGUGACCCUGGAGAAAGGGGAGAAAAGGGGGAAAAGGGAAAGAAAGGCAAAAAAGGGCCUAAAGGGGAGAAAGGAGAACAGGGUGCCCCUGGAUUAGAUGCACCUUGCCCAUUGGGACCAGAUGGGCUUCCGAUGCCUGGUUGUUGGCAAAAGUGAUGACUCUAACCAUGCAAGCAUGAAGUUGUAAAUAUUAUUUCAAAGUUCAAACUAUGUAUUUAUAGUUGAAAAGAGAAAGAAAGAGAAAUGUUUACAUGUACCUUCUACGUGUUCAUGAGUACACCUUUUUUUUCACUUGCACAUGCUGUUUGGCACCUUCAAAAUCAUGGAAAAUAUACAAACAUAUGUCUGAUAAAUGACUUUAUUUGCAUAAUGUGUAUAGCACAGGUGUUUUUCACAAAUAUUUUGUAUUCUGCAUCUAAAAGAACAUCACAAGCCAAUAUUCAUGGGAAAUAGUGACCAAAUAUUGUUAAUAGUGACCAAAUAUGGAUAAACCCUAUUAUAAUCACAUUGAAGCUUACGUACUUCCAUGAUCAUGCCAAACAGCACCACUGAGUUGUGCCAUUGUAGCUGGAUGAAAAGACUAAAGACAUGCAUGAUUUCUGUGUCCUAAUAUUUGCCGUGUGAUUGAACCUCACAUGCCAAAAGAAUGCUCACUGUGACAACCAAGCUUCUGAACAUCUUCAUUUUGUCCAUUCUAAGGGAGUGACCCCAUGGCUUGUUGCCAAAAAGAGAUGACGGAGAAAGAAGCAGCAGAGAAACAACUAAUAUUGUUUUGGAGCUAUAUGGCCAUAAUUGCAGGUCUUUAAUCUACCGAAUAAGCCUUUGUAAUAUUGAGGCUUAAUGACCUUGAUUGUCCUUGCCAACGGUGGUUCUAUGCUACCAAGGUCUCCAGGAAGUAGAAGAGGACAUAUAUUGAAGAUAGGAUAAAUCAUAGUGAUUCAUCAACUUGUGUAAGUCACUGAUGAAAAUUGUGGUCCACAGAGAUGUUCCACUGAAUUGAAAAGCAUCUCAAAUGUAUCUGGUCACACCUUUUAGGGAGAAGUGGCUAUGGCAUAUGGAAGUAUCAUCUCAAACUUGUAAGAAUAGGAAUCAUAAUCCUCAAUGAUUUAAUUUCUACAGCAUUUCUACAGCAAAAAUACACACAAUAGAUAUGAUCCUGUGCAGAAGGAUCUUAGUUGACGUUGCGUUCAUUGCUUCCCAAUUGUUGAUUAUUAAGGUGUUUAGGGAAACUAUACCCACAGUAAACAUGAUAGAUGCCGAAAGGUAAUCUGCUUUGCUCAUAUGUACUGUAAUUUAUUGACUAGCGCUAGCAUUUUUUUUUUUCUGCCAUUUGUUAUAUGUUAGUGACAUUCAAUGAUCCAUCUGAAUGGUGUAGACUUCGAAGUGCAGCACCUAUAAGCAACUCCUCUAGUUGGCUCAGCACCAUUGUAACAGGUGUAUAAGAAUAAGCUGCAGCUGCUAUCACAAUUGUAGAUGAUGUAAUAUAUUCAAUUUUUGUUUUAAGUAUUAAUUGAUGUAAACCUGUUUUUGUCAAUUUCUUAAGAAAGAAUACUUACUUGUUAACUUAAUGUGCAAAAUGCUGGGUAAUUUGAAAUGCAUACGUAAUUAUAAUUCCUUUUUUAAAAAAAUGCCAAAUGCUUUAACACCAAGUAUAAUGUAAGAGUUGCCAGUAUGGUGGUUAUCUGUGUAGGUAGGCAUUGCUGUUGAAUUCUACUUCCUCCCCUAUUCAUCGCAGAGAAAGUUUUGAGAUUGUGAUGAUAUAAAAUAACAGCAUCCAGCAUGUGUUUAUUAUUUUGUAAAUUCCAAUGAGUUUGUUCAUAUUCAAUCAGUUUCUCCUAACAGACUGUCAUCUACUUCCCCUCCAAGUCAAUUCAAUGCAAAAUUUGAACCUAGGCAAAUUAAGUAUAUUACAAGACCUUGUAAUGAACUGGUCUAGAAGCCAUAUAAUCUGGUUUAAAACUUUCCACCAUAGUUGUGCCAUUUGGACUAUGCAGGUAAUUUGCUUUGCAUAAAAGAUGCAUAUACUAUAUUUUACUACAACAGCAGUUUUAAUGUUUUUAUCCCCUUACACUAUAAUUCCAAGCAAACUUUUCUACCUUUCAUUUUUGGUGCUGUAUGUCUUUCAAUAUGUAUGGCUUUAAAAAUUACAUUUGUUAAUAUUACUAGCAUUCCUCAUUUUGUUGAAUGAAAACAGCAGAGCUGCCAUUUUUUAAACAAUGGCAUAUUCCUUUAAUGUUUGUGCUAUUAAAGGAAACAAUAAGCUGAUAUGUCCGUUUUAUGGUGUGUGACAAGUGGCAUUGAAGUUAAUGUUGAUCUUUCAAAUGUAUCCCCUAUCACAUUAAGGGGGGUUAUUUAUUAAAGUCCAAAUGCCAAAAACUCGAAAAAAUGUUCGGAAUUUAUUAAACCCGAGUACU